AUGGAAGAUGUUACGCUACAGUCUGACUCCAGUCAAGAAGAGGAUUCUGAAAUAACUCAAAUAAAGCAAGCUUCAAACCAAGCAGAUAUGGAUGGAACCAUGAGCAGUGAUGAAUUAAAAACAUUUGAUAGUGACCAGAAUAUUGAAAAUCAUGCAAGUGUUUUGAACAAUGAAUUGGAUACUCUUGAUUUUGUAAACACAGAUAAUGAAAAAUCAAAUUUUGAAAGUACUCCUCAACUAAGACCUGAGACUGACAAAACAUUUGCAACCCCUCUGAUGGCAUCAUCACAAUCACGAAUAAUGGGUGAUAUUUCACUCACACCCACAUAUAGGUCUUUCACACCACAAGCUGCCAAUCCCCAUAAUACAAUGAUUGCCCUAACUCCUGUAGCAAGUGGAUCUACUCAAGCAAAGAAUAGUAUCAAAUUACAGAAUUGUGUAUCAUCUGUUAGUUUGGGCUGUGAAUUAAAAUUACUAGAUAUCUACUGUCGAACAAGAUUUUCCGAGUAUAAUCCUGCUCGAUUUCAAGGUGUUGUAAUGAAAAUACUGGAUCCUCGAGCUACUGCUUUAGUUUUUAGGACUGGGAAAAUUGUUUGUACAGGUGCUAGAAAUGAACAUGAUUCAUAUAUUGCAGCCAGAAAAUUUGCUCGAAUCAUUCAAAAGCUCGGUUUUCCUGCAAAAUUUUUAGAUUUUAAAAUACAAAACUUUAUUGCAACAGCAGAUCUAAGGUUCCCUGUGAAGUUGGAGGCAUUACAACAAGCACAUGGUCAAUUUGCAUCUUAUGAACCCGAAUUGUUUCCUGGAUUAGUAUACCGAAUGGUGCGUCCGCGAGUUGUAUUACUCAUAUUUGUAAAUGGAAAAAUAGUUUUUACAGGUGGGAAAAGCAGAAACGACAUUAGCGAGGCACUUGACAUUAUAUACCCAAUCCUAAGAAGUUUUAAAAAGAAU